GACAGCAACAUGGAGCUCGAGGAGGAGUUGUUUCUGCGCAUGUCCGCGUGUGCACGGCCAGAAACAGACAGAUAGCUGCUGAAUUGAGGAAAAACUGGCAAAGACAAAGGACUGAGACACAUUUACAGAACCAGGAGACACUAUAUUGAGUUUUUACACCGGUUUAUAAUAGCCAAGGUGUUCGAGGACCACCAGGAAGCGGACAGGUUCUUUGACUCUCCAAGCAUCGAAUCCUUGUUGAAUCCAGUGGAACCCACCCCUCCUGGUCGAUGGAAAUACCUGCAAAUCUCUAGUCUCGUAUGGAAACAGCUGCAAGCCGGAGAUGGAGGAAGUGGAAACACACAACUCUUUUGUGGAGUAAUCGUCAUUUCGCUUCGGGAGCAUCUUUGUUAGCUGGCAGAUCCAUCAUCUUGAGUUCCUGUUGACCUUUUCUCCACGUCUAGAGAGCAGGUGUUACACCCCCCCCCCCCCCGCUCCUCUCGGCUGGGAGGUUGCUCUGGUAAUGGUUGCCAUGAUGCUGAUGUAGCGUCGGAAGCUGGCUUUCUCCCAUGCUGAUGUAGCGUCGUGAAGCUGGUAGUUGUGGAGCUGGAGGAGAAGGAGGUGUUGGAGGUGGAGGAGGAGGUGAACGUUUGGGGAUGGGCAGCGCUCCAUAUCCAGCGGGGGAGUGGAAGGGGAAGGGGAGAGGAGGCCUUCAGGAGCUGGGCUGCAUGCGCUGGAAGGUCAGCAAGCAGAAAGGAGGAGGAGGAGGAGGAGGAAGAGAGGCAGCAGAGGAGAGGAGGUGCAGGGAUCCCACGGACCCUCAGCAGGAUCUCUCGUCCUCCUCUUCCUCCCUCACCCCUCCUCUUCCUCCCCCUCUGACCCCCCUGCCCAUUUAUCACGAGAAGCAGCGGCGGGAGCUGUGCGCCCUUCACGCCCUGAACAACGUCUUCCAGGACGGCACGGCCUUCAGCAGGGACACCCUGCAGGAGAUCUACCAGAGGCUUUCUCCCAGCACUCUGGUGACGCCGCACAAGAAGAGCAUGCUGGGAAACGGGAACUACGAUGUAAACGUCAUCAUGGCGGCGCUGCAGACCCGCGGGUUCGAGGCCGUUUGGUGGGAUAAAAGAAGGGAUGUGGGCAGCAUCGAGCUGUCCAACGUGACAGGCUUCAUCCUGAACGUCCCAUCUAACCUGCGCUGGGGUCCUCUGAUGCUGCCGCUCAAACGCCAGCACUGGAUGGGAGUCAGGGAGGUGGGGGGGGUCUACUACAACCUGGACUCCAAGCUGCGCAGCCCUCAGCCAAUCGGAGCGCCCGACCACGUCAGGAAGUUUCUCCGGCAGCAGCUGCGAGGGAAGAACUGUGAGCUCCUAUUGGUCGUCUCAGAGGAAGUGGAGGCGCACCAAACAUGGCGGACGGACGGCUAACGGUUCAACCUGCCGCUCUUAACGGGCCAAUCACAGGACAGGAAGUCGUGCACAGCCAAUCACGUGGAUGCAGGAUGUUCUUCUCCUCCCUUUCUUUUUGAGGUUUUGUUUACACGGCCAUUGCUGGACUCUUUAUCGGAGAGGAUGCAAAGCAAUGAAGGAAGCAAACACUUUACAGGGACAAUCACAGUCCUUUACUCACAACAUACUUAUACAAAUAUUGUGUUUUUAUAUAUAUAUAUAUAUAUUGACUAUUUUUCAUUGUCAGUUUUUGUUUCUUUUUACUGUUUCCAAAGUGAUGGGAGUUUAUGAAAAAUGCUGAUUAUCCGCAGUGACGCUCCCGGCUUCAGCCAUGUUUCCACAGACGUGUUUCCCGUCCUUCACUUUCACCAAAGCGUGCCCUUUCUGCCUCUUUUUUUCAUCUCAUCACAGGUCAAAAUGGAGUGAUUCAUCACGUUGCCAACUUUGUAUUUCAUCCACUUUCCAAACACAGUUUUAUAUUAUGCAACAGAGCAAUGCAACUCCCGGGCCGAGCACUCGCUCUGCUGGAUCUCUCACUCAGUUUCCUAGAAGUAAUGGCGUCAUUAAUCCAGUUUUCUGUGAUUGUUCACAUUGAAACGGUUUCUCUAAAGUAGAGAGGGGGACAGGAAAUAAGGCUAAAGUUAUGGUGUUCAUCUCGUAUUAGAGUUAUACUGCAUACAAUACAAGAAGACAUCUAAUUAGGGAGAAAAACCUUCUAUCUUAAUUAUUCAAACUCACAGAAAUGUGCCAUACUUUAUGUAAACAGUUGGCAUGACUUUGCAAAAGCUAGAUCUGGGGGUUAUUGUGCUAACGAUACUCAUGUCUGAUUGGACUGAAAUUAGUUCUAGAUGUAAUAUAUUUCAAAUGAGGGUGAUAAGAGAAAGUGUUUCUAUUUUUGUUGAAAUGUAAUCUUACAAAAUGACACAUUGACCGUACCUAAUUUAAAAUGUUCAGCCCCAGGGAGAGUUAUUUUUGACUUUUAAAGAGGGCCUGUCGUGCUUUUGGGGGUAUGAUAAAUGUUUGAGCAUUAAAGCAUGUCACAGUAGAGACACUACAUACACACAUGAAACCUGAAACUGAGUAUAAUAGGGCCCCUUUAAAACACUUUGAAACACUCAGCGAGGGUCUCAAAUGUGCAAGAGGACGUUUUAGAAAAGUGGAUUUAGGAGGAGAUGAAGCGCAGUGUGCCUAGGUGUAGAGAAAUGUAAAAAAGAACGGUUUUUUUGGUGGAUUUCUGUGAAAAGAGCCUUACGAGAGAUUCCUCUGUUUGUAGCUUUCAAAUCAGCUCAAGAGAAACUGUUAUUUCUAUUGUGUCUAAAUGACGAUAUUGGCCUUAACUUGUUUACAUUUCAAAUAUAUAUGUGUUGCUCUGAAAGAAUAAGAUGCCAUUUAUCAGGAGAUUUAAUCCAAAGCACCAAUUUAUCAGAUCACAUCAUUUAAAUAUGAUGUUUUCACUUUUGCAGCCAAGGGCUUUGUGUCGUUUCUUUUGGACCUUCAACCUCUAAAUGUCGCGUUAUGUCAACGUGAAGCAUCAGAGAGGUUUUCAUUCAUUUGCUUUUGGAGAUUUUUGGACCCACUCACAUCAUAUCUCACGGUUGCAUUUAUUCAACAUGUGCUUUUCUUGUUGCCAUGACAAUCCAUUCAGCCCUUCCCACUGAAGGAAUCCUGAUAUUGUUGUAUUUUUUUUAUGUUUUGCAUAGAAAUAAAAUGCUUAUAAUGGCACUUUAUGUACAAACGACA